AUGGCGGCGGCCUCGUCACGGGUGGACGAACUCGUGCAAUCUGUCAGCCUGCACAAUCCACGAAAAUGGAUGUUCAACGGUUACAUCCUGCCUUUCGUGAUCCUGCAGUCCUUAUGGAUCUACUGUUGGAUCUUCGUUUACGGUGUUGACGAAUAUUACGACGCGGGCCUGGUGGGCAUCGCGACGAUCGGCGUGCUGCAGAUUUUUCUCUGCCUCUGCUGUCAAUGGUCGGUGCACAUCCACACGUUCUUGAACUGCAGCUCGGCGAAAGAUCCGUACAAAGCGAGGAUAGUUAAAGUAGUUCCCACCCCAAACAACGGGAGCUCGGAGCUGAUUUCAUUACGUCAUACGGAUCAGCAGGAGCCUUGGUUCAUUUUUCAAAAGACAAAAUAUUACUGGGACCCGAACGUAAAGUCAUUCAGAGGGUUGCAGUUCCCGAUCGAUCAUUCCGUGAAACAUUAUUGCGAAUGGAAAGGGUAUCCUGACGAAAAGGAAAUUGAGGCAGCGGAAGAGAAAUAUGGAAAAAACAAGUUGGACAUGGUCGUACCCGAGUUCUGGGAACUCUUUAAAGAACGCGCUAUCGCUCCGUUCUUCGUCUUUCAAGUAUUCUGCGUGACACUCUGGUGCUUGGAUAAAUAUUGGUAUUACAGUAUCUUCACCCUGAUCAUGCUUAUCAUGUUCGAGUGUACGCUGGUGCAGCAGCAACUAAGAAAUAUGGCCGAGAUUCGUAAAAUGGGUAAUAAACCAUACAUGAUAAUGGUGUACAGAAAUAGGCGAUGGCGCGUAUUAUUUACGGACCAAUUAGUUCCUGGGGAUAUCGUCUCUAUUACAAGAUCUCAACGUGAUACUUUAGUGCCAUGCGAUAUGUUGCUUUUGCGAGGCCCGUGCGUGGUUGACGAAAGCAUGUUAACAGGUGAAUCUGUACCUCAAAUGAAAGAACCUAUAGAAGAUACUGAUGGAAGUAGAACUAUAGAUAUCGAAGGAGAUGGUAAACUUCACGUGCUUUUCGGUGGUACAAAAGUUGUACAGCAUACAGCUCCUAGCAAAAAUACUCCCGGUCUUCGAGCGACCGAUAAUGGAUGCGUUGCCUACGUAUUGCGUACCGGCUUUUCCACGUCACAGGGCAAACUUUUAAGAACGAUAUUGUUCGGCGUUAAACGCGUUACAGCCAAUAACUUAGAAACUUUUGGCUUCAUUCUCUUCUUACUUAUUUUUGCAAUUGCCGCCGCCGCGUAUGUUUGGGUCAAAGGCAGCGAGGAUCCUACGAGGAACAAGUACAAACUAUUUUUGGAAUGCACGUUGAUUUUGACGUCCGUUGUACCACCAGAGUUACCUAUAGAGUUGUCUCUGGCUGUUAACACAUCUCUGGUAGCUCUAGCCAAGUUAGGUGUGUUCUGCACAGAACCAUUCAGAAUUCCAUUCGCUGGCAAAGUUGACAUUUGUUGUUUUGACAAGACCGGUACGCUUACCAGCGAUAAUUUGGUUGUCGAGGGUAUCGCGGGUAUCAACGGCAACUCGGACGUGAUUCAACUAACAAAUGCACCUCUGGGGAGUAUUCAAGUGCUUGCCACAUGUCAUUCUCUUGUUCAAUUAGAUGACGGUAUUGUCGGGGAUCCACUAGAGAAGGCCACUCUCAAUGCUAUCAAUUGGACUCUCACGAAAAGUGAUUCUGUAAUUCCUAAAAAGUGCAAAUCUCCAGCACUGAAGAUUAUACAGAGGUAUCACUUUUCAUCGGCUUUGAAAAGAAUGUGCGUUGUGGCUGGAUAUACUCUUCCUGGAGCUUCAGAAGUGCAUUAUAUGGCUAUGGUAAAAGGCGCGCCAGAAACCCUGAAGAAUAUGUUAUCUUCCGUGCCGGAGAAUUACGAUUCAACUUACUUAUCUCUUUCACGACGCGGCGCAAGAGUGCUCGCUUUGGGAUAUCGAAAACUUACUGGUAGCUUAUCCUCUCAAGACUUGAGAGAAUUAACUCGUGAAAAGUUGGAGAGCAAUCUCACAUUUGCGGGAUUUGUCAUUAUCAGCUGCCCUCUCAAACCUGACUCGAAAGCCGUUAUCAAAGAGAUCGUCAAUUCAUCGCACUCGGUCGUGAUGAUAACGGGUGAUAAUCCUUUGACGGCCUGUCAUGUAAGCCGCGAGCUGCAUUUCACGAAGAAGCCUAGCACACUUAUACUGACUGUGGAUGAUGAUCAAUGGUUGUGGGAAAGCAUAGACAAGUUGACGCAGGUUCCUCUAAGCGAUGAAAAUGUCGAAUCGUACAAAGAAAUCUGGAGGGAUCACGCGCUUUGCGUAACGGGUGAAGGUUUAUCGUAUCUGAAGGAAAAACGACGGAAACUUCUUCGAGAGCUCUUGCCACAUAUCGUAAUCUUCGCGCGAUGUGCACCGAAGCAAAAAGAAUUCAUUAUCGUAUCGCUACAAUCCUUAGGUUAUACGACGUUGAUGUGCGGUGACGGGACGAACGAUGUUGGAGCUUUGAAACACGCACAAGUGGGUGUCGCAAUUCUGUCCAGUCCGCCCGAAAGAAUAAUUUCCGAUAAGCGAAAAGAUCCAAGGAAUGAUACUUUAACAUCGCCCGUAAACAACGGGCCAAGAAACAAUCCGAGAGCUGCCCCGGUGAACACUCGCACGAAGCUGCAGAAGAUGCUGAAGGAGAUUGACAACGAGGUGCAAGAGCAGUCUGUGAUUGUGAAACUCGGUGACGCUUCCAUCGCGGCCCCCUUCACCAGCAAAAUGUCAUCCAUUCAAUGCAUAUGUCACGUGAUAAAGCAGGGACGCUGCACUCUUGUCACCACUCUGCAGAUGUUCAAAAUAUUGGCACUGAAUGCGCUGAUACUCGCUUAUAGUCAGUCAGUAUUGUAUUUGGAUGGAAUCAAGUUUAGCGACGCGCAGGCGACUUUGCAGGGUAUUCUUUUAGCGGCAUGUUUCCUCUUCAUCUCACGAUCAAAACCGCUGAAAAUUCUGUCGCAGCAAAGACCGCUACCAAAUAUCUUCAAUUUGUACACCAUCGCAACUGUAUUAUUGCAGUUUGCCGUACAUUUCAUCUGCCUCGUCUACUUGGUGAAAGAAGCUACCAUUUUAUCUCCGAAAGACGAUAAGUUGGCAGCUAUCCUGAACACUUCCCAUGAACCGAGUUCAUUGGAAGAAAAUGACAGCAGCGAGGAAGAACCCUUUGAGGCGAAUAUAAUUAAUAGUACUGUGUACAUAAUCGCAAUGGCUCUUCAGGUUUCUACUUUUGCUAUAAAUUAUCGAGGCCAGCCAUUCAUGGAAAGUUUGACACAAAAUAAGACUCUUUUGUUCAGUCUUGUGGGCACUUCUGCCAUUAUUUUAUUACUGGCUUGUGGAUUUUUGCCGGAUUUAGCGGUGCAGUUCGAGAUUGUAGACUUUCCAAGCCAAUUCCGUACGAUACUGGUUCAAAUGCUAGUCGCGGAUUUUGUCUUCGCUUAUAUAGUCGACAGAGCUUGCCUAUGGCUCUUUGGCGAGGGAAGACAACACAAACUGUGAUGAAACUACCUUUUACCGAUUACAGACUGUAUCAAAGAUUUUUGUAUGUAACUUUUGUUACUGAUCUUGUUCCACGUUAAGAGCUGACGAUUUUUAUAUUUAAGGAUCGAUGAUGUGUACCUGUGAAUACGUGAAUGAAUUAUUGUCUCCAAUUGCAUUUUGUAUUUUAUGUCGAUAUUUUUUUUUUGUUUUCUCUAUUCGUACGUUGUGUAUAAAAAUGUAAUGUGAAAAUAUAAAUAUGUGCAUCCAAUCAUUACUCACCUAAUUGUUCACUCUAUGCUGUCAACUUUUUCUCCGUGGAACAAGAAACAGCGCUCCGGCGAUCAUUAUUUAUUGUCGAUGAGGAUAUUAAUGAUGUUCGAUAAUCGUGUCUAUAAUUAUUUCGAUAUCAAGUCAGUAUUGUCUUUAUAUAUUUAUUGAUGUAGAACAAUAUUUUGUGGACAAUUUAAUAUUUUGUCAACAUAUUAACACCAAAUAUUGAUCGCUUAAGGAAAGACGCGCAUACACAUGUAUAUAACUUGUAGAUAAAACGGUUUACUUUUUUUUUACAAUACUUGCACUUGGCACAAACAUGUAGACAUUUUUAACACAAACAUAUAAAGGACCCCAUGGUUUAUGCGUAAUCAAAAGUCACAACGGGCAAAAUUCACAAUAAUCAACCGUUUAUAUGCUAUCAGCGUUCAUAAGUAAAAAUAAGGUGUUAUUUUUCAGUAUUAUUGUGGUACAAUGGAUUUCGGUGUAAUUGGCUGAAACUGUAGAAAUAUAUAGUUUUUAUGAUGCUGAUUAAAAGUUAUAAUGGGCAAGAUUCACAAUAAUCGUCAUAAUCGAUCGUUUAAGCGCUAUCAGCGUCCAAAAGUCAAAAUAAGGCAUUAUGUCAGUACUAUUGUGGGACAGUGGAUUGCAAUGUAUUAUUCUACAGAAUCACACAACUUAAUUCUUGUUAAUACAAAAAUAUGUAUUUAUGUGAAAAAAAUGUAUAUGCAGUAUGUGAAUUAUGUUAUA